AUGGAUGUCAGAAAAGAAUCAUCCAAAGCCGGAGGUUGUCCAGCUCCAGUACCUCUGACUGAUCUGGAAUUUAAAGUUGUAUCACUGAUUCCACAGUGCCAAAUUGAAGGGAUAACUGGUGGAUUGGAGUCUGAGGUUGAUGAAAUUUUUCAAACACUGAACAUGGUCAGUGAGAGUGGCCUUCCCACAGAAGAGUACUUUGAUUCGGCCUUCACCAGCGAUGAGAGGAAAAGCAACGAAACACCUGGUCCUAUAUCAAUGUAUGGAACCAUCAAUGGUGAUGAGGCUACCUCUAUGGCUGAACCUGUGGAAACAGCAGAAGAUCAGCCAAGUCAUAAUUCAGCCUCAAAUGAUAAGGACCUAAAGUUGAACAGGUGCAGGCAAAGAAAAUCUGAAAACCCAAAGCACCAGCCUGAAUAUGUUGCCUCCAUCAUGGAAAUGGAGACAACAAAAGCAGAUGCCCUCAAAGAGCUGAUUGAGGUGCAAAAGAGGAUGUUAAAAAUAUCGGAAGACCAUCUCACUUUAGAGCGAGAAAGACUUGAUCUAGAGAAAUCAAAAUUUCAACUGCUACAACAUAUGCUGAUUAAUCCAGGCAACAAAUCUCCCAAUACUCUUUCCCCAGUUAUCCAAUUUAUGUAUUCUUCCUAACCAUGAUAACAUCCCAGUAUCUCACCUGUGUUUAAAAGUAAAAUAUUCAUAAAUUUUGUUGGUAUCUAUUUUGAUAUCUGCAAAUAUAUGUUCAUCUAUGUCACUGUAAUAAACAUAAAUACAUGUAUUUAAUCAA